CAGCAUGAGCCGGGGCGUCGGGCGGGCCGGCGCGGGGCAGGGGCCGGCGGUCGCGGUGCAGCUGCUCGUCACCCUCAGUUUCCUCCCGAGCGUCGUCGAGGUCCAGGUCACGGGAGUUUUGGAUGAUUGCUUAUGUGAUAUUAAUAGCAUCGAUAACUUCAACACUUUCAAAAUCUUCCCCAAAAUUAAAAGAUUGCAAGAGAGAGAUUAUUUUCGUUAUUAUAAGGUCAAUUUGAAGCGACCAUGUCCUUUCUGGGCAGAAGAUGGCCAUUGUUCAAUAAAAGACUGUCACGUAGAGCCCUGUCCUGAGAGUAAAAUUCCAGUUGGAAUUAAAGCUGGAAGUUCUAAUAAGUAUUCGAAAGUAUCAAACAAUACCAAAGAAUUUGAAGAUUGUGAGCAAGCUAAUAAGUUGGGAGCAGUUAACAGCACAUUAAGUAAUCAAAGCAAAGAAGCUUUCAUUGACUGGGCAAGAUAUGAUGAUUCACAGGAUCAUUUUUGUGAACUUGAUGAUGAGAGAUCUCCAGCUGCUCAGUAUGUGGACCUGUUGCUGAACCCAGAGCGUUACACUGGCUAUAAAGGGUCUUCUGCAUGGAGAGUGUGGAACAGCAUCUAUGAAGAAAACUGUUUCAAGCCUCGAUCUGUUUAUCGUCCUUUAAAUCCUUUGGCACCCAGUCGAGGAAAAGAUGAUGGAGAAUCAUUCUACACAUGGCUAGAAGGUUUGUGUCUGGAGAAGAGAGUCUUCUAUAAACUUAUAUCAGGACUUCAUGCUAGUAUCAAUUUACAUCUCUGUGCAAAUUAUCUUUUAGAAGAAACCUGGGGUAAACCUAGGUGGGGACCUAAUAUCAAAGAAUUUAAACGCCGUUUUGACCCCGUGGAAACCAAAGGAGAAGGUCCAAGAAGACUCAAGAAUCUGUACUUUUUAUAUUUAAUUGAACUUCGAGCUUUAUCAAAGGUGGCUCCGUAUUUUGAGCGUUCAAUUGUCGAUCUGUAUACUGGAAAUGUAGAAGAUGAUGCUGACACAAAAACUCUUCUGCUAAAUAUCUUUCAAGAUACAAAGUCCUUUCCCAUGCACUUUGAUGAGAAAUCCAUGUUUGCAGGAGAUAAAAAGGGGGCCAAAUCAUUAAAGGAAGAAUUCCGGCUGCAUUUCAAAAAUAUCUCCCGUAUCAUGGACUGUGUUGGAUGUGACAAAUGCAGGUUAUGGGGGAAAUUACAGACUCAGGGCUUAGGAACUGCCCUGAAAAUACUAUUUUCUGAAAAAGAAAUACAGAAGCUUCCAGAACACAGCCCAUCUAAAGGCUUCCAACUCACUCGGCAGGAAAUAGUUGCUCUUUUAAAUGCUUUUGGAAGGCUUUCUACAAGUAUAAGAGAAUUACAGAAUUUUAAAGUCUUAUUACAACAGAGUAGGUAA